AGCGGGUGCUGCUGCCCCAGGGCUUCCCCGAGAGCGUCAGCCCCGACUACCUGGAGUACCAGUGCUGGGACGCCGUGCAGGCGCUGUGCUCGUCGCUGCUGGGGGCCCUGGCGGCCCGGGCGGCCCUGGCGGCGCUGGGGUGGGUGACAGCGCGGCCACCGUCACCGGGGCCACCGUCACCUGGCUGCUGCGCGACGGGCUGGGCAUGGUGGCGCGCAUCGCCUUCGCCUGGCUGCAGGGGAGUGCCCUGGACUGCGAGGCCAAGCAAUGGCGGCUGAUGGCGGACCUGCUUAACGACGCGGCGCUGCUGACGGAGCUCAUGGCGCCCGCCUGGCCCGCCGCCGCCCCCGCCCUGCUCUGCCUCACCGGCGCCACCAAGUGCAUCGUGGGAGUGGCGGGCGGGGCCACGCGGGCGGCGGUGGCCGUGCACCAGGCCCGCUGCGACAACAUGGCCGACGUCGCCGCCAAGGACGCCAGCCAGGAGACGCUGGUGAACGGCCUGGGGCUGCUGCUGGGGCUGCUGCUGCUGCCGCUGCUCGACGGCCGGCCCUGGGCGACGGGGGCGGUGGCGGCGGCGCUGGCGGGCGCCCACCUGGGCGCCAACAUGGCGGCGGUGGGGGCCCUGCGCCCCGAGACCCUCAACCGGCCCCGGCUGCGGCUGGCGCUGGCCGCGGCGUUGCGGGGGCCGCCGGGGCCCCUGCCCGGGCCCGAGCACCUGGCCGCCCGCGAGCCCCUGCUGCCCGGCUUCGGCAGCCGCUUCCGCAUCGAGCUCGGCGUCCCGCUGCACCGCCUGGUCAAGGACGAGGCCGAGUUCAGGAAAGCCGUGGAGUGCGGCACCGAGGAUUACAUCAUCGUCUUCCGGCCCGCCGAAGGCUGGGUGGGGGUGGGGCUGCGCCGCGGUGCCCCCCCCGCCGCCCCCUUGGCCGCCUGCGCCCAGGCGCUGCUGCUGCAGGAGCUCCUGGGCCCCCCGCUGCCCCCCGGGGCCCCCGGCGCCCCCCUGCUGCGGCCCCUGCAGCCCCCCCUGCGCCGCUGCCCGCCGGGGACGGUGCCGUGGGCGGCCGUGGCGGCCUCCUCCCGCGCCUGGGCCACGCUGGGACCCGCCUUCCUCAGGGAUCUGGCGGCCGCCGGUUGGCUCACGGAGCGGCACCACGUGGCGGCGGACGAAUGGCGGCUGGAGUGGGCGGCGCCGGGGGGCGGGGCCUCCCCGCCGGGGCCCCGCCCCCUUUAACCCCCUCCCCCCCCCAAAAAACGAGGCGAAAACCGCCAAAAUCG